ACACUUUGCCGUACGCAGAUAUCAAGUGAUAAGAACUAAGAAAGCAGAAGAAAAUAAUUAUUAAUUAAAUUGGAAGUUUGAAAACUUCGCGAGUAAAUUAUUCCGAGAUUCUUUUGACAAGUGUUGAAUAAUAGGUAAUACAAGGAGAACCUGGAAAAUGCUAGAACAUGGAUUUGGAAGAUAGAAAUUUGAAAGGAAGUAUUGGAGGCAGUGGUGGUACAGCCUCAAGUGCACCAGAGAAGAAAAAUGAGGAUAACGCAUAUAUUGCUAAGGAUGAAGCAAAUAGCAGCGGCAUAAGUACAGUGAGUGAAAAUGUGGAAGUUGAAAGUAGACGGUCAUCUGCAUCCAUAGACCAAGAAGAGGAAGGAAAACGUGUCAAAAGGAGAAUUGAUAAAGAUGAUCACAUUCGCAAAGAUAGUUACAGUCACAAGAAAGAUGACCAAAAUGUGAAAAAAGAAGAUAUCUCACUUAAAAGUAAAAACCCAUUUGGAAAUGUUGGAAGUUUGAAAACAAAUGUGGCCAGUGUUACAACCAUGUCUACAUUUGAAGUGACCAAUGCCACUACAAGUGGCACAGCAUCAAUGACGGUGACAAAUCCAACAACAUCAACAUUGUCAGUAGUGACAACAGCAGUUGCAGCAAAUACCUCAUCGAUGAUGGUACCUACAACAACACAAUGCGACUCUUCAGAAAAUGAUGACCCAUUCAGAUGCGGUGUUGACAGCCCUGGUCCAAAAGUGCCACCAUUAAAGAUUGUUAUACCAUCUGGGGAAGCUGGGGAACAGGGCAAUAGAAAUGGUAAAAUGGUGACUAGACAACAUGGAGGUCUACCUUACAUUGUUGUACCGAGUGAUGAGACUGGUGCAGUGUCUCUGACAUCUCCUAAUAGUCCUAAUAUUAUGAACACCAUCAGAGAUGACGACUCAUCAAUUACCUCAUCUACUGCAAAUCUAUCUAAUGAAGAGCAAAGAAUUCAGCAGAGGGUCUUACGCAGCACAAACAGCCACAAAAUAUCACUGAACAGUAGUAAUGGCAACAACAAUGGUGAUGAUAGCGCUGCUAGUAACACUAGUAGCAGCAAUACUGAUGCGACUCGUCAUUCCAGUAAUGGAGACAACAAUAGUAUUCUAGCUGGCAGUAGCACUAAUAUCAACAAUAACAACAACAGCUCUACUACAUCCAUGAGCAAGUGUGAUGCAAGUGGUAUGGGUGUUGGUGGUAAUGGCAGCAGCAGUAGUAAUAGUAGCCUGAGCACUGCCAGCAACUCUGGUGUGAAUUACAACAGUGGUAGUAACAAUGUCAUGAAUAACCCCAACAAUGUUGAUAAUGGGAGUAACCUUGGAAAUAACAAUGGUUCUAGGGCUGCUAUUUGCAAUUCUAGUAGUUCAACCUCUGCUACAAAUGCUACCACUUUUGCUAAUACCACUUCUACUAGUUCCAUCACCUCCACAAAUAAUAGCAGUGGCGGAGGUAGUGGCAGUAGCUCAAACAACAACAGUUCUGCAGCCAGCAAUAUCACUACUCACAGUAAUCUGACAACUGGUAGGACCAACAACAGUGGAGAAUGCAGUAGUGGUAGUAACAGCAGUGAAACUAGUGGAAAUUCAUCUCCUGCUACUAUGGAAAUGUCUCCUUCUGGUGACACAUUCAUGAGUAGUGCUACUUUGAGCAGUAAUAAAGAAGAUGGAAAUGAUGGUGGGGGAUCUGUCAAAUCAAAAACAGAAUCUAAUAGUGCUAAAAGUGGUAGCACUAAAACUGAAGCUGGUGGUAAUUCAGGAACAACAAAAAUGAAACCUGAAUUACACAGCAGUAGCAGUAACAACAGUAAGACUAAGAGUGAUUUGGAAGAUGACAGUAAUAAAGGUAGUACAAAUAGUGAUACUAGAUGCGCAAUCACUAGUUCAGCUACUAGUUUUGUGACUUCUAUAACUGAUACACAAAAUAAAGAAGCAACAGUGCCAGUUGUUGAGCUACAUCCUCGUAAGCGGAAGCUAAAAUCAAAGCAAGAAAUCAAUCACACAACGACCGAAUUGGAUCAUUCCAUCAGUUUUGGCUCAGCUCCACAUCCCCAUGAAGUACCUGUUACAAAUUGUUAUCAAAUGUUUAUGGACAUUAGGAGACAGAUAGAUGUGAAACGUAAAGGAUUAUUUCCAAUACAACCCAAACCUCCACAAGGAUUCAAAGAUUACCUGAUGAAUCGAUGUACAUACACAUUAGCUGGUAAUUCAAUACCCAGGCUGAAACGGCGCAAUGCAGAACCACCAGAGGGAAUUGAUGAUAGGCUCAAAGAUUUGUAUCAGGAACAAGAGGCGGAACGCUACAGCUUGCGUAUGCAGCAUGUGGUAGAAAAAGAAAAGCUGGUCCUGAGUGUGGAACAAGAAAUACUGAGAGUACAUGGCAGAGCAGCCAGAGCUUUGGCCAACCAAGCGUUGCCCUUUUCAGCCUGCACCAUAUUGAAGGAUGAAGAGGUUUAUAAUGUCAUCACUCCCGAGCAAGAAGAGAAAGAUCGCAACGCCAGGUCUCGUUAUAAUGGCCGGUUAUUCAUUUCAUGGUUGCAAGAUGUAGAUGACAAAUGGGAGAAAAUUAAGGAAGAAAUGUUGGCUCGCCAUCAUAAAGAAGCCGAGAGUUUGAAUGCGGUUCAAAAAUUCAAUUGGGACUUGAAAAUGCGUCUUUUAGGCCUGUGGAAGAAAAAGAAUACUGUUCCAAUUGAUGAAAGUCAUGUUCCUAUGAUUAGUGUGAGCGACGAUUUUGAUCUGUUACCAGAAUGAAAAUCAACCUAUCCACUGUAGAAAAUGAUAAUUUUUGACUCGCCAGCAAUGUUUUUCACUUUGAACACAUGUGUGGUGUACAUAAUGUAUAAUAAAUUAGUUUAUAAGUAUGUAAGUAAGGGAUAUUAUUGGUCCACUUGUAAACAAAUAUGUACCUAUACAAUUUUUUAGAGAAACUUUCGUGAAUAAAGUAAUUUUAUCUGUAAAA